AUGGCUGUCGCUCUCGUCAUAGUCGUUCUCGUGUGCGUCGCACUGAUUGCACAUUCCGAGUUCUCGUCGCCAUUCGUCCAGCGCAUCUGCCACCGCCUCUCCGCGCCAUCCGGACCGCACAUAUCAGCUCUCCCCCCCGCGAUGAACGGGGAAGAUGGGCUUAGCGAUCAGUCGCGCGCCGCCGGCGAUCUCGAUUCGCGUCCGUUCGCCAUGGCCGCUGACAGCAGCGGCAGCGGCAGCGGUGCUAGCGCCGAAUGGCACGACCACCGAAGCCGUUGGGGCGCGGAGGAUCGCUCCGCGCGCGACGCGUCGCGGCUGCACGUGCGGCUCAUCGUGCUCACGUUCGACCGCGCGGCGAGCCUGUCCCGCUGCCUGCAAUCAUUGCGGGCGGCAGACUAUGGCGGCGAUGACGUGUCACUGGACAUCCACGUGGACCACCCGUUCGCGGGCGUGCAGCUGAACGACCCGCAGCAGCUCAAAGAUCGUUUGGACAGCCGCGCAUGGGGCGCAGUCGACCAGGCGGAAGGACGCGCAUGGGGAGCGGAAGAGCAAGCCGACGACCCGCUGCAGACUGAUUCCGCGGCAGAGGGCGGUCCGGGGGGAGGCGGGCCGCAGAGCGACGUCGAGGCGACUUCGCAGCUGCCUGGCAGCGCGAAGCGCGGAUUCGCGGGUGGCGGCGGGUUGGGGCUGGGGCACAGCGCGUUUGGCGUGGAGGAGGCGGGGGACCUCUCCAACUGGCGCCACCGGGGGCGGCUCUGGGCGCAGCGGGCGCAGAGGGCCAAGGGGGGGACGCGGGGGAGGCGGCGGCUGGGGGAGGUGCGGGCGGUGGUUGGUGCGGUGGAGAGGCGUGGCGCGGGGGAGGUGGCAUCUAAGCGGCGCAAGUUCCGGUCGGUGCUGGCGGUGGCGGACUCGUUUGCAUGGCAGCACGGCCACAAGCAGGUGCAUGUGCGCAGCAUGAACGGUGGAGUGCAGGCGCAGUGGAUGGAGGCGUGGUGGCCCAGCGGCAGCAACGAGUUUGCCUUCGUGCUCGAGGACGACGUGGCUGUCUCGCCGCUUUUCUACGCCUACCUCAAGCGCAUGCUGCUCCGCUACUACUACAACCAUACCGAGUACGACUGUAACGUGUACGGCAUCUCGCUGCAGCGCCAGCGCCUGGUGCCCGGGCAGCCGGCCCCGCCCAUAUCCCACAGGGGGCGGCCGUUCCUGUACGCGCUGGUGGGCACGUGGGGGCAGCUGCUGCUGCCCGCGCCGUGGCGGGCGUUCCGCGUGUGGUACGACGCGCGGCGCUACACGCCGGGCAGGGAGCCGGUGAUUCGCGGGCUCAAGACCACGGGCUUCUGGAAGGGAAGGGGCAACGGCAUCUGGACGCCGUGGAUCGUGCGGUGGGCGCACGCCACGGCCGCGCUCAACCUGUACGCGUCGCUGGCGGGCGGGCUGGCGCUGAGUGUGAGCCACCGCGAGCAGGGCGAGAGCUUCAAGCGCUCCCAGGGCGCUGAUGCCACUCUGCUCAUGCCCGAACACCUCGCUGCUGGAGAACACCUGGGUGCAGCAGAGCAGGUGAACGCAGGAGGACUCCUGAAUGCAACAGAGCACCUGACGGAGCACCUGGGGACAGGGCAGGUGGGCGCAGCAGAGCAGGGCCCAUGGUGGUGGAGGGAGCUGCCCCCGUUAGCCUCGCUGCCGCGAUACGACUUCUGCCUGCGCCCCCUGCCCUGGGUGGGGCGCGAGGGCACUGCGUGGGCAUGGCAAGGGGAGGGCCGGGGGGAGGGGGGCGAGCAGCAGGGCGGUGGGAUGCCUGGGGGUGAAGGGCAGGGCGGUGGGGGUGGAGUGGAGGCGGAGGCAGGGGGUGAUGAUGAGGCGGCACUAGCAGGAGCUGAGGAGGGCCGUGCAAGAGCUGGUGAUGAGUCAGAGGGAGGCGAUGCUGAGUCAGCAGGAGUGGCUGAUGACACGUAUGCAUCCAUGGUGACGCGCGAUGAGGGGCUGGUGCGAGCAGUGCAGAGUGCCAGAGGGGUGACAUCCUUCGCUCUGCUCCUCCUGCCGGACCACCAGCCCUCUCCCACCGACCUCACCGCGCCACCGCAGCAGCAGCACGCCCACACACACCCCUGGGCGUCCUCCCUGCUGCGCCAAACAGACACCCCCCCCCCUCCCGCAUGGCAGCAGCUGGCGCGCAACUGGGCGUGCCACAUGGACGGGCUGGGGCUGUCCCACCAUGCCGUGCUCACCUCCUGCCCCGCCCUCGCGCUGCACCUCGCCACGCGCGGCCACCUCGUCUCCCUCCGCCCCCCCUCGCAAACCCCCCUCCCUUCCUCUCAACCUACCUCCAUCCCCUCGCCCCCCCUCAUCCCGUCCCCCACGCAUGUGCGCACGGCCGUGGUGCUGUCAGCCCGCCUGCGCGUGCCGGUGCUGCUGGCCUCGCCCGCCGUCACGUGGCGCGGCGACCCCUUCCUCUGCCUCUCGCCCCGCCUACUGCACGCGCACCACAGGGAUGCACAGCAGCAGCAGGCCGAGGGGCAGCAGCAGGCGCAGCAGGGGCAGUGGCAGUGGGGUGGGUCUAGCCCGCAGGAGCAGGGGACGACGGGUGAAGGGCAGGCCACAGGCCAGCCAGAAACUGAGGAACAGGCGUGGCAGCGGGCGGGGCUGGCAGUGGGGGUGGGCGACUCGCCCCUCUCCGACGUGUUCCUCCUGCCGCCCUCUCCCGCUGCCCGCUCCGCCCUGCACUCCCUGCUCGCCCACCUGCUCUGGGCCACCCCCAGCAACAGCAGUGACGGCAGCAGCAGCGACAGUGGAUUCGGCACAGGUGACAGCAAGGGGCAGGGGGAAGCGAGGUCAUGGGAGGCGCUGCGAGCAGCAUGGCUGGGUGCAGGCAGCAGUGCAGACCGGUGGGUUGCUCUGGAGGAAGCAGCGAGGAAGCUUCAAAUGGGUGUGACUGUAUGGAGGGUGGGGUUGCCGUGCUACAUGGCGCCAUCGCAGGUGAACUCCUCGUUUGAGUCACAGGGCGUGCAGCAGGGGGCGUGGAUGGUGGCGGGGGGGAGGGGGAGAACGGCAGAAGAGGCGGUGGUGGGGAUGAAGGGGGCAGGGUUGUGGGAGCUGGAUUCGGUGGAUUAUGUGUGUAAGAGUGUAGUGUGCCUGCAGUCGAAUAAUCUUAUACCCGCUUAA